AUGAAGCGCAACUCGUGCCCGUGCAUCAAGGAGCACCGCUCGGCGCCGCGGGCCAGCUCGCCGCGCUCCCCCAGGGGGCCCCCCGGCGACCACAGCCCCCUCCUGGGCCACCCCGAGGCCGCCAUGUCGCCGCUGUCGUCGCCGGGCGUCUCGGCGGACGAGGAGGUGCUCAACGCCAGCCGCAGGACGUCGGUGAGCGAGGUGGUGUCGCGCCCUUCCAGCCUGGUCGAGGCCUCGGACGAGCACGCGCCGCCCGCGCCCGGCGAGCCGCCCCCUCCGCUCGCCCUCGCCGCGCUGCCGCUCUCCGCCGCGAUCAGCCUCGAGCACAGAGCCCCCGCCUCGCCCCUGCGCGACGCAGGCACCGCCGUGGCCUCGCCCUCCACGCCGGGGGGCAGCAAGCCUUCCAGCGGCGCCGGGGGCGGCCCCCCCGACAAGGCCUCCAGCUCGGGGAGCGCCGUCCGCUGGCGCCCGCACAGCAUAGUGCCGCUGAGCCUCCGCAGCGGCGGGGAGAGCGAGGCCCUGCUGUCGGGCGGCGGCGUCGAGGGGCGGAACCCCCGGCUGCGCUACUGCAGCAAGCAGGACGCCGGCAGCAGCGAGUGCGAGGAGUCGUCGCCGCUGCUCGCCAGCGUCGUCAACUACCGCGUCAUCAACGAGGUGCACAAGUUACCGGAGAGAGAAACGCCAGUCAAUAUCAACACCGGUGUGCUACUCGGCCCCUUGGCAACCGAGGAGCUGUCGCUGUGUAUUCUCGAGCGGCAGUUCCUCCUCGGUGUUCGCGCGCCGUGA